CAAUAUGGGUUGGCGGUACGUGGCUCCUGGAAUCUUCCUCGUGUUGGUCAAAAUUACAGGGACGUCCCUCUUCCUUGCUUUCAUUCCAGAGAUCUUCCCCAGAGGGAAUUUCAGUUUUGUUCCUGAGGAGAAUUUUACAGCAGUCCAGGUUCCAGAGCUAAGGUGGGAAAGUUACAGAGGGAACUUAUACACGUUUUCAGAAGAGAUGCUUGAAUGGGGCGCCAGCUACUCAGAAUGCAUGGACCAGAACUCAAAUCUAGUGAUCAUCAAUGACAAAAAAGAAAUGGAAUUUCUUCAAAAUAAAACAAGAAAUGCCGAUUAUUUCAUUGGACUAGAAUAUCCAGAUGACGACAAUAAAUGGCUUUGGCUUGACGGCACAGAACCCAAGGGAAACUUAUUUACCAUGAGACCAAAUGAAGUGAACAAACAGUGUGCGACGCUCAGAGGCAGCGUAGUGAGUCCAGCAUCAUGUUUCCAGAAAAACCGCUGGAUUUGUGAGAAGAGGAACGGAUAA